CUCCAUUCAAAGAAGAGCAUAAUCGUCAUGGGAACUAUCCACGUGGAAUCCAAAUCCAUGUGCCACGUGGUGGCAAUGCCGUACCCUGGAAGGGGCCACGUAAACCCCAUGAUGAACCUCUGCUCGAUGCUAGCCACAAGAAAACCAGACAUCAUAGUAUCCUUCGUGGUCACCGAAGAAUGGCACGGUUUCAUAAGAAACGAAGCAAAACCCGACAACGUUCGUUUCGCCACGAUUCCGAACGUUAUUCCCUCGGAGCUUGAUCGAGCGAAGGACUUCCCUGCUUUCAUGAAUGCGGUUUCCACCAAAAUGGAGGGUCCCUUUGAGGACUUGUUGGACCGCCUUGACCCUCCGGUCACCGCCAUUAUUGCUGACACCAAACUGGUUUGGUCCAUUGGUGUUGCCAACCGGAAGAAUAUUCCGGUGGCUUCGCUGUGGCCCAUGUCCGCCACGGUUUACUCCUUGCUCUACCAUUUUGACAUGCUCAAGGAGAAUGGUCAUUUUCCCAUUCAGAUUUCAGAAAUUGGAGAUGAAGUGGUGGACUACAUCCCCGGAAUGAGCCCAACACAAAUUAGAGACCUUCCAACAGUGCUUCAUGGGGAGGACCUGAGGCUAUUGGAGCGAGCAUUGAACACUGUAAACUUAGUUUCAAAAGCCCAAUGCCUUAUGUUCACCACAGCCUAUGAGCUUGAACCCCAAGCAGUGGAUGCUCUAAGAUCCAAAUACAACAUUCCUGUCUACCCUGUGGGCCCAAGUGUCCCUUUCUUCAAACUCAAGCCCAAAAACACAACUUUGGCCCAAUCCAAUGGUGACUCUUUUGCCUCUAAUGCCAACCUAAUUAGCAAUGGUCAUGCUCAUAAUCAUGAGGAGGAACAAACUCCUGAGUACUUCAAAUGGCUAGAUUGUCAGCCUGAUGGUUCAGUCUUAUACAUUUCACAAGGAAGCUUUCUUUCAGUUUCAAGUGCUCAAAUGGAUGAAAUUGUUGCCGGGAUUAGAGAUAGCGGAGUGUCCUAUCUCUGGGUGGCACGUGGCGAAACUACGAAACUUAAUGGUUGCCUUGGGGAACAAGGUAUUGUGGUUCCUUGGGUUGAACAACUUAAGGUCUUAUGCCACCCGGCUAUAGGCGGGUUCUGGUCGCAUUGCGGCUGGAACUCGUCUUUAGAAGCUGCUUUCUCCGGGGUGCCAGUGCUCACAUACCCUAUAUUUUGGGACCAAGUGCCCAACAGCAAGAGGUUUGUGGAGGAUUGGAGGGCAGGAUGGAGAGUGAGGAAAAAGAUUGGGAAGGAGAAUUUUGUGUCAAGGGAAGAAAUAUGUGACCUUGUGAGAAGGUUUAUGGAUGGUGAAAAUAAUGAGAUCAAAGAAAUGAGGAAAAGGGCUUUGGAGCUUAGGGAGGCUUGCCAAAAGGCUAUUUCUCCUGGUGGAUCAACUGAGACCAAUCUUGAUUCUUUCAUUGAUUAUGUUUCACAAAUCCAAGCCCAAGAUAAAAAGUGAACAGGCCUGAUUCUGAGAUUCAACCUUUGAGGCCCAAGCCCAUGAUUCCAUGCAUGAGUUAAGGGAAUUAAAUCUACCACCAAUAAACUUACUUGAAUGCGAUAUAGAAACUUAUAUAGUUCAAAUAAAGAAUUCAUCUAGCUAGAUUCUAGCUAGUUGAGGAUUUAUAAUGUUUUUAUUUUCUUUUUAAUUCUUGUUUAAGAAAUCGAUCAAUGUAUGGGUUGAUGUACUAGUG